UGACAUUUCGUAGUAAAAUCACUCUCGUAUUUGUAAGCCACAGGCAGCACAUCACUCGAAGCACAAAUGAAAAGAUGCUCCACAGUCACCUGGUCUGAUCGUGGGAUGUAGAAAGUAUUGUGGGUUUUGGAAGAGCAGUGUAAGGAGUGGAGCUUGAUAUGCGCCAGUCAAUGGAGGCGGAGCCAGUGACACAACCUGACCAUAAUGACAUUGAUGUAAGUCUGGCUCAGAUCUUGACAGAAGUGGUAGAGGAAGUGCGAUUGUCCAUAGACAGAGAUAUUAAUGGUGCUGAUCUUCUGUACAGUCUACUCAGUGCACCCUGGCUAUACUCUCUUCUCAGGGUAUAUGAGUGUCUCGUCCAAUACAGUCGAGAUGUCCCAGUCCCACACCUGCCUUAUUCUUCAAGACUAUCUCAAGAGAUUCUGUCCAGUGUGCAAAGACUGGCCAGCCCUUCUCCCCAUGCACAAGAGCUAGAACUUUUGCUGAGAAACCCUCAUAUGCAGGCUUUGCUCUCUGCCCAUGAUUCUGUGGCUCAGAGAGACUACGGUCCAGUACUGCCUCCUCUUCCUGAUGAAUUGCCUACAGAUGAAGAGGUCAUGAGGAUCGUUUGCCUUGUGAAGAACAAGCAGCAUUUGGGGGCAACAAUUAAGAAGGAUGAGAAAACAGGGAACAUCUUAAUUGCAAGGGUGAUACAUGGAGGACUAGCAGAUCGCAGUGGACUCCUUUAUCCUGGUGAUAAGCUAAUAGAGGUGAAUGGAUGCCCAGUACAUGGACUGGAGCCUGAGCAGGUCAUCCAGAUUCUGGUACAAUCCCAAGGAAAUAUUCUUUUUAAAGUGAUCCCUAAUUCGCCACAACCCACCAACAGCCAAGCAACUCUGUAUGUGAGAGCAAUGAUGGAUUACAGUCCUCAGCAGGACCCUUCAACCCCCUGUCCAGAUGCAGGCAUGGCCUUCAGUAAAGGUGAUCUGCUAGAGAUUGUAGACCUGAGGGACAUCCGGUGGUGGCAGGCCAGGAAACUCCACAGUGCCUCAUCUUAUGCUGGCCUCAUUCCUUCCAAUAACCAUUUCAGACACAAGCAAAGGGAGCUGUGGUGGUCACAACCUUAUCAAGCUCACACCUGCAUCAGGCCUUUGAGUGCAGCUGAUGUUGGGGAAGAUGAGGAAACUGAUGAUAAAAGAUGCACAGAUGAAGACGCCUUUGAGUCGGUUUCAGAGGAGGGUGAGAAUGGUGAAUGCAUACAGAGCUUAUACAUAGCGGGCUUCCGGCACAGUCUGCGUGUGUGGAGAAAAUCAUACAGCAAACAAAAGCCGUCAUGUCAUUCCUGCAGUGCCACCUCAGCCAACCUUUAUGAAGAGGUGUUAAACUACCAGCGCCACAUAGACGACCCUCCCCGUCUCAUAGUGCUCAUGGGUCCAUCAGGAGUUGGUGUUAAUGAACUACGCAGAAGGUUAAUCAAAAUCAACCCCAAUACUUUCCAAGGACCAAUACCCCACACGACACGUCUCCCAAACCAUGGAGAAAUGAAUGGGCGUGAAUAUCACUUUGUCACAAAAGAAGUGUUUGCCCAUAUGGUCGUCAAUCAUAAAUUUCUGGAGUAUGGAGAACAUAUAGGCCACAUGUAUGGUACCAGCCUAGACUCUGUCAAAGAUGUUUUGGACAGCGGGAAAAUAUGUGUUAUUGACCUUGAACCUCAUUGCAUUCAUUCAGUGAGAACAAAGAAGUUGAAGCCAUACAUCAUAUUUGUGAAGCCCCCAUCUCCUGAAUGCAUGAAGCAAACAAGAAAAGACCCAAAUUUUGUUGUCUACAGCUACAUCAAGAGAUCUUUCACGGACAAAGACUUUGAGGAGAUUGAGGAAGCAAGCAAGGUCAUGCAGGCUAAGUACAGUCAGUUCUUCGACUGUGUGAUUCUGAACAAUGACUUGCAAGAUUCAUGCAUGGAUCUGUUCACAGCUAUACAACACGCUCAAGAAGAACCACAGUGGAUUCCUGCCAGCUGGGUGACGUCUGAUGAACUCUGAGUCAUACACGGACAAACGGAAAAACAAAGGAUAACUGAAAAAAAAACUCAAUCUUAUUAGUAGUGGAAGGAAAUUGUUUGAACUGCUAGAAGGAAUGUAAGGCAAUGAACUUAAACCUAUAAUCUGGUAUUAAUUUAAUUAGUGUGCAGGCAGUUUAAGGUAAAUUAACUGAUAUAUAUUACAUUAUUAAAAUGCUGCUUGUGAAAUGCUUUUGACACCAUUAAUACUUUAGGAACUUCAAUACUCUUAGAAUAAAUGUACCAUACAAGAAGGUAUAAACAGUACCUUUUUAAAAAAUACACUUUUGUACCUAAAAGGUCCAUAUUGGUACCUCAAAUGUAGGCUACACAUUGGUAUCGAGGUAUUGGCUCCAGUGGUACAUAUAUAUAUAACAAACUGGUACAUAUUAGGACUUUUUUAAAAGGUUCCGUCCCAGUGACAACUUUUGUACCUUUUAUAUAUAUAUAUAUAUAUAUAUAAAAUAAAAAAGUUAUUAUAUGAGAUCUAUACUCCAGGGUUUUUUGGUGAUGUGAUGUCAUUGUCCUUACUUUUAUUAUCUACAAGUAUGUUUACAUAAAACAGUAUAGUCUCUAGAAAGUGUCCAUUUUGUGAUGUGAUCUUUUUUGUAACCUAAAAAACUAUUCAGAAAAUAGUCUCUGCAUUUAUCUGUUGCUUUUUAAUUAUUUUUGUAACCAAUGGAUGAGUAUAAAUAAUUUGUUUUUGAUUAAAUGUAUAAAAAUAUACCAAAAAUGCUUUUUAAAUGACAUAUUAUCAUAAUUGAAUUUGCUCUUUCUAUCAGUGAUGUUAAGUGUCUUGCUUAGAGUAUGUCAACUAUAUUAUU